GGGACCUGAAGCGCUGAAAAUAAUUAUUCGUAUUGUUAUGUUUUAUAACGUGCUCCUAAGAAAUCUGAAUAUGCGCAACGUCGCCUUUUCCGUAAUGUUUCUGUAUCAAAUCUCCCCCGAGCUGCGUAAAAUCAGAAUUAAAUGACCAUAUCUCAGAGACAAGCCACCCUUAAACCUCUUGUCUGUUUGCACUUGCAAGACAUUUAGUUGUUUCUUUUAUUUCUCAUAUAUAUCUAUAUCUGUUUAAUAAUUUAUUGGCGUGGUAUGACGAUUCGGCGCAAGUGUGUCGUAGCUGUUUGGGCUGCAAUUGGAAGAAGGAGUAACUGAGGGGUGCUAAGACCCUGAAGGCCAGCAGGAGGCUGCAGAUAGCACUAUGCUAGCAGAGGCUAGUGUUGUCACAAGGAUUCAUGAAGAUUACUUAUAGACUUUAAUACUUUGAUUGAGGUGACAGCUGGAGACGAUCGGAGUGUCUAAUUAGUGAAGAAAGAGUAAGCAGCAGACUAGAUUAGGGGCCAGAAGUUAUGUGACGUAGUCAUGUCUCAAAUGGAGAAGAAGGCAGGACUGCUGCGGAGGACUUCAUCCUCUAAGAAACCCUUGAAGGAGAAGGUGGUGCUGAUGUAUGAUGAGAUUUUUGCGAAAGAAGACCCAGCUAAAAAUAACCCUCGCUUCUGGGAUGAGCUGUUUCUUAUGAAGGUGAACCUAGAGUACUUGGAGUCCAAGUUGGAGAGUAUAGAUGGAGAGGAGGUUCAGCGGAUCCAGGACAACAUCAAUUCUCUUUUCCACCACUGUGUUCAGGCUCUGGGAGAGGAGCACCAGAUCAAAGUGGUCAAUGCACUGCAGACUCUCUGUGCGCUUUUCCGUGGGGUCCACCAGAAGAACAAGUCUGCAUCUGGCUUUGACAUCAUCAACAUGCUCAUGGGGUUUGACAAAGCUGAGCAAAGGAUGAAGGACCUGAUGGAGAGACUAGACAGCCUUCUGUGUGGGGAUGGCUCAGAGAGUCUGAAGAGUCUUUGUCUCAAACUGCUGUUGUGUCUGGUGACGGUAACAGACAAUAUUAGUCAGAACACCAUACUGGAAUAUGUGAUGAUCAACAGCAUAUUUGAAGCCAUUCUACAGAUUCUGUCAGAUGUGUCCAGUAGAGGGCAGCAUGGUUAUGAUGCUGUGGUCCUUUUAGCCUUGCUGGUCAACUACAGGAAGUAUGAGUCUGUGAAUCCAUACAUUGUGAAGCUCUCCAUUGUGGAUGAUGAGCCAACACUAGAUGGGAUGGGGAUGGUUGUUCACCAAGCUCUGACAGAAUAUAACAGGCAGUACAAAGACAAAGAGGAGGAGAACCAGGGUGGUUUCUUCUCUACCCUCACUAGUAUGGUGGGCAGCAUGUUUAUAGCAGAUGCUGAUGAGAAACUCUCUGUACAAACAAAUGAAGCAAUCCUGCUGGCACUCUAUGAGGCUGUGCACCUUAACCGCAACUUCAUCACUGUGUUAGCACAGAGCCAUCCAGAGAUUGACAUUGCAACCACACCUACCACCCCCACUCCAACCACACCUACAACACCACUUGGUACAACUCCACCCUCCCUAGACAUGAUGAACAACCCAGAACUGCCCCUGGAUCCCGACCUGCAGACCAGUAACCUUCUCAUCACCUUUCUCAAGUAUGCCUCCAUUGUCAUGCAGGAUACUAAAGAUGAGCAUCGGCUCAACAGUGCCAGACUGUGCCUGAUCAUCCUCACCUGCAUAGCCGAAGACCAGUACGCUGAUGCCUUUCUCCAUGAUGACAACAUGAACUUCAGAGUCAACCUCCAUCGAAUGCCCAUGAGGCACAGAAAAAAAGCGGUGGACAAGAACAUCCCUUCACGGCCGCUGGUGUGUGCUGUUUUAGAUCUGAUGGUGGAAUUUAUUGUCACUCAUAUGAUGAAGGAUUUCCCCAUGGAUUUAUACCUGCGCUGUGUGCAAAUCAUCCACAAACUGCUGUGCUACCAAAAGAAGUGCAGGAUAAGGUUACACUACACAUGGCGAGAACUCUGGUCAGCGCUCAUCAACCUGCUGAAGUUCCUGCUGUCAAAUGAGACCACACUGCUGGCCAAGCACAACAUCUUUCAUCUGGCCUUACUGGUAGUGAACCUGUUCAACAUGUUCAUAACGUACGGUGACACGUUCCUGCCCACCUCCAACAGUUACGACGAGCUGUACUAUGAAAUCGUGCGAAUGCAUCAGGUCUUUGACAACCUCUACUGCAUGGUUCUGAGAGUAUCAACCAACACAGGCCAGUGGAAGGAGGCAGCCAGUAAAGUCACACAUGCCCUUGUUAAUGUUCGGGCCAUCAUCAACCAUUUUAAUCCCAAGAUUGAGUCGUACGCUGCUGUGAACCACAUCUCCCAGCUUUCAGAAGAGCAGGUGCUGGAGGUGGUUCGGUCCAACUACGACACACUGACGCUCAAACUACAGGAUGGUUUGGACCAGUUUGAGAGAUACUCGGAGCAGCCCAAAGAGGCUGCCUUCUUCAAGGAGCUGGUGCGCUCCAUCAGUCUGAAUGUGAGGAAGAAUGUGUCUCUGAACACACUGAGUCAGGAUGUCCUGCUCAAAGAGUUUUCCACCAUCUCCUGAGACACACACACACACCCAGCCAGCCUCCUCAUCCCCUCAGAAGGACAUACACAGUACAUUUUUGUGCGUGUGAACAUGUAGACAUACUGUCCAAUACCAAACCAGUACAGUCCCCCAUCAUUUUUCCAACAGUUCGUCUUGAGUGUCAUCCUCUGCCCCUCCCGUGACCUUCAACGAUGGAAACUUCUUCCACAGACUCACUGAUGGGCUCGUGUGUGUGCAAGAUAACUUUAAUGAAGUGCCCAUGUUGCACCGGUUCCUCUUGUGCAAUCUGCAGUAUUGGCUGGACUGUUAACUGACAAAUGAAAGUUUGGAUUUAGGAUAGUCUAUUCAUUUUUUUUUUUUUUUUUACUCAAUGUUCAGCUCCACCUUUUCUUCUACUGAUGAUGAUGAUGAUGAUGAUGAUGUAAGUGGCUUCUGCUGUCCAACUUAUCAGAGUACAUGAUUUAUGAUUUAUCUCUCCAGUAAUUAUUUCAGAACAUUUAGGCUUUGAGUGAUUCAUUCUGUCCUCCUAACAGAAGUGGUAAUGAUGAGCCUUGAUGAGUCCUCUUUGAUUAGAGUGUUAACUUCUUUCUGUGCGGCUGUGUUAACUCUACCUGUUGCAAACAGAUUUACAGGUAUUUUGUAUUUACAUGUUUGCUAAGGGGUAGAACAUUUUGAACAGUAAUUAAGUUGAGGAUAUUCUGAAGCGACAAAACAUUUUUAUUGUCGUUGCAAACCUUUGCUUUUAUAGCAAAGCCACGACUAACACUCAAACUGUGUGUUCCUCAAGUCAUUUCUCCAUUAGUUGAACAAAUUAAUCUGGAUGUGUUGAAGAGUGGGGUGGGGUCGGGUUGGAUGGAAAACUGGUCAUUUUUCUCAUUCAGAACAUUUGAAAUGAUUACAUGUUAACUGGAAGCAGAUCUGAAUUAUGCAAUUUCUUGAAGUGUAGGGUCUUGUUUCUUUGAUGUCUAACUCCUAUAGGUGUAUUUAUGUUUCCUUUUUUUAAAUAAAGAUUUGUUUCCUUCCUACUG